UUUUUGGUGAUCGGAACUGUCUGUGAGAGGGGCCUUCGACUUGGCGGCAUCCCACUGUUUGUCGAAUUUCUGUCUGCCGAUUCAGGGCUUAGUGCUUGUGUCGGAUAACUCGCAUCAGUGCUUUUAGGAUGUUUCGUUGAUUCGUGCAGAUGAUGUGCAACGAGAGUGAGAAUUUCUAGGCCUCAUUCUGGGUUGGGUUCCAUUCGCACAGACAGGUUUGUUACCGACAAGGACGUCUUGGCUAUUUUAUGUCAGUACAGACAUGCUGUACAUUCUGCGAGUUCGGUUUAAGGCUUCUCUUGGAGUUAAGUGUACACUUAGAAAAGUAUUGCUAUCGUAGCCUUACUUCCAUUUCUGCAGACUCCGCAUUCCUCAGGAUAGCUGGAUUGAGCCGAGUUAUGUCUGUGGUUUGUGUCUUUUAGCCUAAAUUGGUCGCCAAAUCUCUUACGUAGGCGUGUUCUUCAGUUUGAUACGAAGAGGAAAGAUGCGAUGUUCGUUGCUCCAGCAGAAAACGAGACUUUAUCAUCAAGGUCUUCAGAAAGCUCUAUCUGUGGAUGAGCUUAACCCUAGAAGCUGCUUGGGCUCGUUGAAAGCUGUGUUUCAAUUUGAGAAGCUAUUUUAACAUGUAAUUCCAGUUUGAGUGCUAUCUUUCUGGAGAAAAUUGGGUGUUGCCCUGAGCUUUUGCACCAGCGGGCUUUUUUUGCACAAGGUGGCUUGAUCGUGUAAGUCUUCGAAUUUCAAUUGAAGACUUUUUUGAGGGGGAAGCUGUGCUGGUGUCUGUCAUAAUUGUACCACGAGGGUGAUUAUGCUCCUAAGCCGGGGCAUGCAGAGACGUGAUGAAGGAGGAAAGAGCUGAUUUUAAGGAUUGACCAGGCAGAUGUUAGGCCAUCGAGGCUGGUGGUGAUUGCAAUCAUGACUGAGUUGAAUUUCGGUUUGUAACAUCGGCUUCUACAAGAUUACUGCCCAGCAUUGCGAAAAAAACAGAAACAAGAGCAGAAAAUCCAAACGGAAGAAACUUCUGUGAGUAACAAGAUGGAAUCUCUUCCGGUGGAAGUUAUAGGCAACAUCUUGUCGAAACUUGGUGCUGCGCGUGAUGUGGUGGUGGCCUCUACAACAUGUCGCAAAUGGAGAGUAGCAGCCCGUCACCAUCUCAACACGCUUUGUUUCAAUACAGCUGACUGGCCUGUCUAUCGGGACCUUGCGACUGAAGAUCUCGAAGUUCUCAUCACACAGACAAUCAUGCAGACGUCUUGUCUACAACACCUUUCAAUCAUGUUAGGCAACAACAACGAGUUCUCAGCAGCUCCAGUAAUUGCAUGGCUCAUGUUCACCCGCGAGUCCCUUCGAUUCUUGACGUAUAUGAUGAAGACAAAGCCCUGUGUAAAUGUCCUUGAACGGUGUGGGAAAACUAAGCUGGAGCGUCUGGUUUUGGGGCAUACAUUGAUACCUACAGUUGAUCCAGCUGUUCAGAGAUUCCCAUCUCUUUUACAUCUUACACUUUCGCGUGUCAUUGUCUCGUCGGCGGAUCUUAAUGCGUUACUCUCGGCGUGUCCAAAGCUGGAGGUUUUCUCUCUCAUUGAAACAGAUAUCAACGUAUCAAACUCUGCAAACACCCUGCGACUCACGAGCUCCAGUUUACAUACAUUCUACACAGAAGAUCUGACAUUGGACAAUGUCAUUUUGGAGGCUGACCAUUUAGAGACUCUACACCUGAAAAGCACACAAAUGGAUACUUUCGUUCUAAAGAGCAAGAACAGUUUGCGAGUGCUGAAAAUUGAGGGUACAAACAUGAUGGAUAUGGAUAUUGGGGAAGCCUCGGAGUUGCUCGAGGAUCUAGAUGUGAGCGACUUCGAGAUGUCUUGGUCCCGGUUCUUCCCUAUCAUCUCACGCGCGUCGAAGCUCAGCAAGCUCCGGCUCUGGCGACUAAGGUUUGUUGAGGAGGACAUUGGGCGUGAGGAUGUGGACAUUGAGACAAUAGCUGUGUCCUUUCCUCGCCUGAAUCGUCUUGCUCUGAAUUAUGAAUUAGAUGAUGGGAUGCUCUCUCAGGUCUUACGGGGCUCAUCUCUUCUUGAGAAGGUCUUCUUCUUGGAACUAGGGUCCUCAGUCAUCAAUGACCUCUUUGUUCAGUGGAUUGGGGGAGUUUUGCAGAGAUCUCCUAGUCUGAGAAAACUGGUGAUCCACGGCAUUCUCUCUGAUUCUAAGGCAGAUGAUUUUCACAUGAUUGGGAAAUUCACCACCUCCAUAGUGAAUCUCAUGCGGAGAUUCUCUAAUGUGAAUGUCGAAUUCAAUUACACCUGAGGCUGGCUAUCUUCCGUGGCAACUAAUCUGCUGAGUGGAGAAGCAAGUUUGCUACUGGAGUGUCCUCUAGCUGUGUUUAGGUACUCUUUCUUGGCACCUCCGAUUUUAUCAUUCUGUAGCUUUUGCAAUGCGAUAUGCCUCGUUGUGGAGUACCAGCUGUUUCCAGUAGUAAUGUUCAUUUUGAUGCCAGUGCGUUAUGCAUUGCUGUAGCGAAUGAGUAUAGAAUACAAUGGUGAGUUCUGAGGAUUUAGAUCAUCCGUGCAGGUGUGGGUUUCUCAUAACUCAUGCUAGUACUCGACUGUUGGACCGUACUUGACGUUCCGAUUUAUUAUGCUUUGAGAGGAUUAACCAAGUGACUUAGGUCGCUUGGAUAAGUGGACGCACUUCGGAGUUAAAAUGGCUGCCACAAACACUGCGUCCUGAUUUACAUGUUAGGACCUGCACAACAGAUUGUUUUCAUCAGAGGAACUAUAUGGAUUUAGCCUUUAAGGUGUUGCAAAGUUUGCCACGCUUCUGGCUGUGUGCCAUAUUUGUGGAAAAUUCACCAUAUUUUCAAUUUGGUGACCUUCUUUGUAUUAUGUCUUGUUUAGCAACGCAUCUGCUUUUGAUAUUUAAGGUAGACCAUUUGUGUUGCGGUUAGCUUAGGGUUCAUGCAGAAAGUGUAAAUAGCAUCACCAUUUCCCAACUGGGUCUCAAAUCAGUAUUGAGGUUCUGUAUGAGAUUUUUGGUAUAGGAGAUUUUACAAAAGAGUAAAUGGAGAGAAUAGAAUCUUUCAAUACAUACAGCCUUUUGUGAA